AUGAAAGAUCAACUACCGCAAAUCAUUCACGCACUAACCGCACACGGCGAAAAACUUCAGUACCUGGAAUUCCGAUUUUGUGAUUUUUCAAAAUGCGCACCUCUGGAGACUUUGUCCAUCUCGUGCACCGAACUAAUGACGCUCAAAUUAAUUCAAUGCGGAGAAUUGCACAGCAAACUUACUCCUAGAUUUCCGGCUCCGGUAUUUCCCCAUCUCAAUAGUAUUGAUUUGCAGGGAACAUAUCUGCCCGGCGAAUCACUGGAGGUCAUCUUUAAAUGCGCAAACAUUGAUCUAAGGAGUGCGCACAUAGAGGGUGUUGGAAUUGGCAAUAGAUCGUCGAGGAUACUGGAUAGCAUAUCAAACCAUUGUCCUAACAUAACUCACCUCAAAGCCCACAUAAAAAAGGACAAGCUCUCACAAUUAGUAACACUUUUCCGUUCAUGCCGGAAUUUGGAAACGCUGAAAAUUUACGGGUCACUACCGGAUCUUUACGCAUUUGUCCACGAUACGAACGAUGACUUGUUAGAUGGCUUACGGGAAAUCGUCCCGGUGACAUUAAAGAAAUUUGUGUUGAAAACGGAUUGCGCAUUUACGGCUCACUGCAUCGAAGUAUUCCUCAGGGAUUGCAAUGCGGACUUGACAACAUUGGAAUAUAUUAGUUAUGGAAGCGUGUGGCAACACAUUCACGUUCUGAAAAAGUACGUGAGAGGAAGAGGUCUGGAAAUCAAAAAACAGAUCGCAGGAAAUUACCGAGCAUUAUUGAUGAGAGAGUUGGGUCAUGUAAUUGUCGAAUUUGGCGAAAGAGACUAG